AUGGCUCAAGUACUUUCUCCUAUCCCUUCCGUCUCUACAACCAACGGCAUGCGAACCGAAAACCGUUCCCUCUCCAUCGAUAUCGCGACAGCAUUCUCCCCUGUCGACGAAAGAGGUGCCUUCAUGCACGACAAAAUCUUCAAAGAAGGUUGGUUGCAUCAAAGGACGCGAAAGACAAAGAACUGGAAACGCCGUUGGUACGUGCUCAGGGGAUCAGCUAUUAGCAUCUACAAAGACGACAAUGAAAAGAAACUGCACCGCCAGAUUCAACUCAGCGACCUCACAGCAUGUGCUCCACUCAAAAACGACAAACGUCCUCACAUAUUUGGUUUAUUUUCACCUACCAGAAACUUCCAUUUGCAAGCUUCAAGCGAUGUAGAAAUGAACGAAUGGGUCAAACUAGUUCGUGAAAUGACGGCAUUGGAGGAAUCAGAUGAGCCGUUGGUUAUGAGCCCGAUCUCAGAGUCACAUCCGAUCAUAAUCCCCAGAAGGGCUUCACAACCUCUCGGUCCAUCGAGUCCUACCGCUAGACCACAAGAUGGCCAUGUUGGUUCAUUUACCCUCGACUAUUCUGGUGCCUCCAUGUCAUCAACCUCUGAACUCGGUGGAGUAAUAUCGCAGACAUCACUUGCAAUUCCCACAGGUGAACCCAGUACGUCUGCAUUGAGACCAACAUCACCACCAACAACUGCUGCCAGCGGUGCAACUGGAGCCUCAAUGGUUUCCCCUAUCUCAACAAAUGACCAUCAAAACGCCCCGUCAACAACCGGCUUCAAACGCCAAGAAUCGGAACUUUCCAACUUAGAAGGACAAUUAAAUGAAUCUAGGGUUGUCUGGCACGGGUAUCUGUACGUCCUAAAAUCCAAGUCGGGAAUUCGACAAUGGAAGAAAAUAUGGGUUGUCCUUCGACCGCGAAAUAUCACAUUCUAUAAAAACGAUGACGAAUACCGAGCCCUCAAGUUGAUCCCUCUCGAGACAGUUGUCGAUGCUGUCGAAAUUGACCCGGUUUCGAAAAGCAAGAAACACUGCAUGCAAUUGAUAUUAGAAAAUAAAUCAUAUCGAUUUGCUGCUGGAAACGACGAGGGUCUCACAAAGUGGCUCGGCGCAAUUAAGAGUACACUUUCAAAGAGCCGGCGGUAA